CGACGUACGGUGGAACACAACGCAGUCAGCAGCUGCUGUGUUACACCUUCUCCCAUCCGAGUGCCAAGGUUUGCGACUGGGAGUUUGUCCAUCACGUGGCAUAUCACAACCCCUCAACAUCCACGUUUUGGCGUUUAAUCUUUUUGUCCGUCUUCCGACGGCCGAAGCCGAAAAACACCGAGCUACCUCAGUCCCAAUAUGCUCGGCAAGAUCCUCCUCACCAUUGACGCUCUGGGCCUCCUUCUAGGCGCGCCCAUCGCCGACUACAACCACACGCACAUCUUCAACCCGCGCUGGCCGCCACACGCAAAAUUCCACGGCGCGCAAACAAUCACCCUCUCCGUCGUCCUCGGCCUCGCCACGCUAUACUACACCUGGCGCCCAUCCUUACCCUUACCUUUUCUUCUUCCUCCCAAGCAAACCCGAUCCGUGCCCGCCCAGCGCGAGCGCGACUCCCUCGGCGUGGCCGUCUUCACGGGCACCGUCUACUGGCUGGCGGGGCUCGCGGCGAUCCUGUACCCGGGCACGGACGGGAUCGAUCCGGAGUUUGGGCCGGCGGGCUCGUUCCCGCAGCGGAAUGUGUUUGGCGCGUUUGCGGGAUUGGCGGUGCUUGGGUGGCUUGUUGAGAUCUGGGGUUGAUUUCUUACCGUGCUUACAUACGGUAGAUGGUAGGUCAAGGGUUCCGGUAGGGGUGGGGUGAAGACUAAGGUACGGACUACUGUACUGUGUCGAGUGCGUGAGAGCGGCUAGGGUAAUGGUUUUGAUUAAGUACCUAUGGUUGUCGGUUGACUGUUGGCGGGGUUUCUGUAGAAUGUUGGGAAGCUAAUGAGGGUAGUCUCAGAUGCUCGGACUAGCUAUGGCGCAGCCCUGGAGGCACGCCGCUCACCACAACCAAUGAAGGCUAACCAAGUUCCUCCAUGUUAUGAGCCAGGCUCCCCGCGCGCAAGAAAGAAACACGGUGCGGCAGAAUUCAAUUUCUCAGUCAGAUUAGAUACAGGGCACGGAGUGAAACUUUACAGGCCACGGAGUGGAACACCU